AUGCCUCCUCUGCCGGGAGAUCCACACCCAAGUCGUCAGUCUGACUUCGACGCUAUUGGAUUGAGUCACUCAGGAGUGAUGACACCCGAGACCCUGACGAGGAUGACAACAUGCGCUUUAGCAUUGAUACUUCAAAUGAAUGAAUUCACGGAGGUAUCAUUGCAUUUGAAUCGGUUCCUUGACAAGUUGAUCACUUUGUCCUCAAUACGUUCGGAAGCUCUGUAUUCAAAACUGCGUAUUCUACUAGCUCAGGGAGAAAGCUACGAGACUUUCAAGACAGCAAUGAAUGAGUUGGACGUUUCCUUGAAGUGCAACACAAUAUGGGAAAACGACUCUGUCGCUUAUAGAUGUAAUACCUGCGCCCUAACUCCUUGUAUGUCUUUGUGUGCAUCAUGUUUCCAAGCUGCAAAUCACGAGGGUCACGAUUUCACUAGGUUUUUCUCGCGAGAAGGAGGAGCUUGUGAUUGUGGCAACUCCGAUGUGAUCAGACCCAUGGGGUUCUGCCCUCGUCAUGGUGAGAAUGCUGUUCGGCCGCCUUCGCCGUCUCCACUUAUUGUUUCUCUUCCUCGUCAUAUUUUCGUGAAACUAGUCGUAUGCCUUUUCUUGGAAUGGAGAGGAUUUAUCGAUCGAUACUCACAAGAGCAGGAAUCACAGGGUUGGGAAGAACCGUAUAAUGUGGCUAGCUUUUGUGAUACCCUCGUCUCACCUGUCACUCCACUGAUCAAUUUCUUACAGGAAUGUGUUAACUAUGGCGGCCCCAUGCGAGAAGCAAUGGCUGAAAUUUUAAUGGAUAAGGAUCUGUACUCGGCUUUAACAGAGAGGAAUUCGGAUGAUGGUCAGGUCUUCACCCAACGCAAAAUUUUAAAUCAAAAAAUAGCUCGAUUUUUCAGUGGAACUCGCUUUUUCAUCCGAUAUUUCACUGGACUGGCGAACGAGACAAUGACACAACAUGGAUACUGGUUCGUAAUGGGAGAUAUGCAGAAUCUACUAGCCCAUUCUUCGUUGGCCAUAAAUACAGUACUUCAUCCAACGGCAUUUUCUCACACCUAUGUGACACUUCUGAAAAGGAUGCAAGGAAUGAACGUGAAUUGGCGUAUCAUCCGCGGCGAACAUAGGGAAAAUGACAACACUGAUCUCGUCCAACGGUCAUUCACCUUGGAAUUCGAAGCCCUCGCGCUCACUAUGUUCAACUUCAUUAGCGCCAUCACGCAACAGCAACAUUACGUGGCGGCUGUUGCAUUUUUCGACAAAAUUAUGGCAGCCCUUUCGGAAUGGCUCCACGUUAUUGGCGGGUGGGCAAAUGGAGAAGUGUUGACGUGUCCGAAGUAUUGCGUUUCCUUCCAUUUACCGCUACACAGGCAUCUCUCAACAGCAUUGACGCACUUCAAUGAUAUGGAGUUAUUUCGUAAGCAUGUGGAAGACUUUCGAAAGGAUGAGCAACUUCUUCGUAGAAUUCUAUUGCAUCCGCUGAAGAUCCAGGUUGCACGCGCCGAGUAUUACGCUGGGCUGUGGGUUCGCAAUGGUAACCAACUACGAGUACAAGCCAUCAUUUACGCACAACCUCAUAUCAAUACCUCAUUUCAAACGCCCGACAUCGACUUGAUCAGGUACUGUGCUGCUAAUGUGGAUCCAGACUGGUUCAUGGAUGCUCUGAUACACAAUUUCCACCUGGUAGAUGUAUUCCGAUUUGCAAUUAUCCACAAAGGGGUCGGUUCUGACACCAGCAUGGACCUGAGCGAUGCGGAAGAUUCCGUCAAAACAGCAAAGGAGUGUGGCACUGGUCGCUCCACACCCGAUGAAGUCGCUGAUGCAAACUGGGAAAAAUGCGCGGAGAAGAUUAAAGUCAUUCUCAAGGAUCUGCCUCCGGGAAAGGCUGAUGUAGUUCAUGGCCGCUCUCAAACAACGUACAGUGGAGAACCUUGCUACCUCUACGGAUCCGUCAACGUAUGCAUCUCAUUUUGUUCUCAUUCUUCAUCCAUUUUCGCCUUUUAUUUUUUAUGUGGAUCAAUUGAUUUAAUUGGGAGCAUUGGAUUUAGGAUAGAACCCAUGGAGGAAGAUGUGCAGUUGUUGUCCGAGUUAGGAUAUAUUUUCAACGAAGAUCAUGCCGAUGUUAUAACCAGAAUGGAAUGGGUCGACCCAAUGGUAGCAUCAGCUCUACGGCUUUUAUGCGAAUUGGUUGUUCUUCUUACAAAUUGUGGUGCAUCUAGUGAAGCGGCCCUUCGGUCAGAAAUGGUGAAUGCUCUCGCCGGUGGACCGCAUACACAUUCCCGCCUUCGUUCGAUUAUCGCCGAGAAAGGAAGUAGAGGAGCUGAGUCGAUCGAUCCACUGUUUGAUCGGAUUCUGAACGAAGUAACCAACAAUGGAUUGUGUGAUAAUCUUGUACCAAUCGAUGAACCCGAGCUAAGCCUGCUUGACUGGGAUGAUGGUCGAAAGGGAAACACGGUUGUUAGAAACUUCAUCAGAGGCUGGAAGACUGCACGUAAUGAACUCGUUCGUCGGACGCUAUUCUAUUCUGAUAUCAUUGGAAUGUCGACUUCUGUAGAGCUGAAGACCUGUGGGCAUACUGUACAUAUGAAGUGCUUCAAUGCUUAUCGAGAAACUCUUCGAAAUGAUCAGAGAGUCAGUGAAUCUCGUCGUUCUAUUCGCGAUGUGUCAUGUUUUCUUUGCCGAUUCAGCGUGAAUGCUCUUUUGCCAUUACGGAUCGACUGGGGUUUUGAGACAGCAAAUCGAGACUCAUUGGUGGAUGAUCGUUUGAAGGCGCGAUUCGAAUCCUUUGAGACUGGCAAUCGUGAACUGGCAGUGAAAUACACAGAGCGAUCUUCGGAUGACUACCGUCCUUACUCUGAGCAUUUUACGGAACACAUCUACGACUUGAUGGACACUCGCUACUGGAAUAGGUCGGACGAUGAGGGUGCCUCCAUAUUCCAAGUACAAACUCAACUCGUUGCAUUAAUGAAAGCAACGGUUGAAAGGUGCAUUUUGUUGAAGAAGAUCAGUGUCCCCGAGCGCCGAAAGGGCACGCGAUCAGCUGUAACAGAACAUUUGAUUGCGGCUUGUGUGUGUCGCACAACACGGCGAGAUGAAGAGAUAAGUCUUUCUGCCGUGCGAGAUCUGCUGCUACCAAAGAUUGAGAAGAAUCUGACGGUACAUUUGGGUGAAGAAGAGCCUCUGACAUUCUCAGACGAUGACCUGAUAAAUGUUUCUGACAUUCGAAUGGAGGAUUUGGUUGCUUUGCAGUCUACUUCGGCAAGGGAGCGCUCUCGUCGACACUCAUUGACCGACAAACCUGUGAAUCCUAGGACGUAUUACCUUGACAAGCCGUCAUCUGUUCCGCUCCUUCUUUUCGAUCUGAAGUCGCUGUUGAUCCGACUCAGUUCCUUCGUGCUUGACAAUCAGCAUUAUAGCGCGGAUGACAAGAAAAGUUCGUGCUUGAUGGAGUCUCCAUUCGCACAAGUGCCUCGGAUGGUUUGGAACCGUCUUUCAUCAAACGCUGCCUACCUGAGUAGCCUUCUGGAAAUGGUUCAUCAUGAUGGUUGGCAGGAGGAGAAGUCAUUCAGUGAAGCUCUUGAAUGGACGAUGAUUGAUUUUGUCUAUUUCGUGACGGAAUUUUGGCAGCAUGUUGGGCUUUUGAAAGGCAAUACUACGUGUGACUACAGCAAGUACUGGCCU